AUGUGUCGCCAUCAAUUCAUUGUCGGGCUGAUUGUCAGUGCCCGUUUCGCGUAUGGAUUAAAUUUCCAUAGUUUUGGAAAUGAAUUCGAGUACCUCGCCAAAGAACUCAACGAAAGCUCUGUCAUGUCUGAUUCGGCAGAAAUCAAGGCUAGUUGGUUAGAGCAACCGUUAAAUCACUUUGACACACAAGAUAAUAGAACAUGGAUGAUGCGAUAUUUUGAAAGGCACGAUUUGUGGAAGCCAGAUAAACCUGUGUAUCUCUUCCUGGGGGGUGAAGGUCCAGCUAGUCCUGUUUUCUUGAAGACUGGAAUAAUGUACGAUCUAGCUCAAGAAACCAGUGGAGCAUUAUUCAUAGCUGAACAUAGAUACUAUGGAAAAAGUAAACCAUUUGAAGAUUUAACUGCAGAUAAUUUGAAGUUUCUUAGUUCCAGACAAGCUCUUGCUGAUUUUGCUCGUUUAUUAACAACAAUAAAAUCAAAAUUUGCAAAUUCCAAAAUUGUUGUAGUAGGUGGUUCUUAUUCAGGUAACUUAGCUGCUUGGAUGGAACUUAUCUAUCCUAAUUUAGUUGAUGCAGCAAUAGCUAGCAGUGCACCGGUGUUGGCAAAACUAGACUUCUAUGAAUAUCUUGAAACUGUUAGCGAGAAUUUUGAAUUACAUGGGCCUGUAGGUUGUUGGGAUAUGAUAGCCACAACUUUUACAAACUAUGAGAAAGCUUUUGAAAGUAAUGAAAGUAUAAUAGCCUUGAAAAAACAGGAGAACAUUUGCGAUAGCUGUGAUAUGACAAAACCACAGAAUAAACAAUUAUUUUUUCUGGAAAAAGCUUCUGCAUUUAUGUACAGAUCGCAGUAUGGAAACCCUCGUAAUAUUAAGGAAUUUUGUGAUAGUAAUUUCACUUCAAACUUUCGACAAAUGGACGAAUCAAGCUUACUUUGGAAUGGUAAAAGCGAGUGUUAUUCAUACGACUUUGACGAUAUGAUCAAUAUUGUGAAGCAGAUUGACUGGUACACAGCGUGGAUUUAUCAAACGUGUACGGAAUUCAGUUAUUUUCAGACUAGUUCAUCAGAUAAACAACCUUUUACUAAAAAUAUUCCAAUUGAACUUUAUUACACUAUGUGUACAAAAUUAUUUGGACCAGAUUUUGACGAAACAAGAGUAAAUACGGGUGUGCGAGAUAGCAAUAUUCUUUACGGUGGUUUGAAACCGAAUGUGACUAAUGUUGUUUUUGUUAAUGGUGAUAUGGACCCUUGGAGUAAACUUGGCAUUUUAGAAGAUUUAUCCUAUAAGGCACCAGCUAAAAUGAUCAGCCGGGCGUCUCACUGUCGUGAUUUAUUCUCUGAUAGAGAUGAUGAUCCAGAAGAAUUAAAACAAGCGAGGAUCUAUAUAAAGUAUCUAAUCAAAAGUUGGAUCGGUGAAGGAGAAUACAGGAGACCAUAA